AUAACAUAAAAUGUCAAGGGAAGAUAUCCGGGUCAUCCCUGCGGUGGCACUAAGGUGCCGCCCCCUUGUUCCUAAGGAACUUGCAGAGGGCUGUCAAAUGUGUUUGUCUUUUGUCCCUGGAGAACAGCAGGUGGUUCUAGGUAAUGACAAAGCAUUCACGUAUGAUUAUGUCUUCGACCCAUCCACUGAGCAAGAGGAGGUGUUCAACGCCUGCAUUUCUCCCCUUUUAAUGGGCAUCUUCAAAGGAUAUAAUGCCACAGUUUUAGCCUGCCAGACGGGAUCCGGAAAAACAUACUCCAUGGGAGGUGCUUACACAGCCGACAAAGAGAACGAUCCCACUGUUGGAAUCAUCCCUCGCGCAAUAAAGCUUCUCUUCCAAAGAAUGAAAGCGAGGGCAGAGUGGCAGUUCUUCCUGAAAGUCUCUUAUUUGGAGAUCUAUAACGAAGACAUCCUUGACCUCUUGGCACCAGCCAAAGAGCGGACAGCUCAAAUCAGCAUCCGUGAAGACCCCAAGGAAGGCAUAAAGAUUGUGGGGCUCACUGAGCACGUGGUGCAUUCUGCUCAAGAGAACCUGUGCCUGGAGCAGGGGAACAACUCACGAACGGGUGCCACGGCCAUGAACACCCAGUCAUCACGCUCUCACGCCAUCUUCACCAUGACCAUUGAACAGAAAAGCAAGAGUGAUACGAACACCAGUUUUUGUUCCAAGCUGCACCUCGUAGAUCUUGCUGGUUCAGAAAGGCAAAAGAAGACCAAAGCAGAAGGUGAUCGGCUUCGGGAAGGGAUCAACAUCAACAAAGGACUCCUGUGCCUGGGGAAUGUCAUCAGCGCUCUUGGAGAGGAAAGCAAGAAGGGCAAUUUUGUCCCUUAUAGGGACUCUAAGUUAACACGCCUUUUGCAAGAUUCCCUGGGAGGCAAUAGCCACACCUUGAUGGUGGCCUGUGUGAGCCCAGCAGAUUCAAACCUCGAGGAGACUUUGAAUACCCUUCGAUAUGCUGAUAGGGCCAGAAAAAUAAAGAACAAGCCAGUAGUGAAUAUUGACCCUCAGACAGCAGAGAUUGGCCGGCUAAAGCUGCAGGUCCAACAGCUGCAGGUCUUACUGCUGCAGGCUCAUGGAGGGACCCUUCCUGUGUGUAUUGGUGGUGAGCCCUCGGAAAACCUGCAAUCUCUAAUGGAGAAAAAUCACUCCCUCGCAGAGGAAAAUGAAAAACUAAGCCGCGGCCUCAGUGAAGCAGCAGGCCAGCUUGCCCAGCUGCUGGAAAGAAUCAUUGUGACGGAGCAGCAGAACGAAAAGAUCAGCACAAAGGUGGAAGAGCUCCAGAAACAUGAUGCGUUGAAACUCAACCUGCAGAAGCUGCUUGAGGCUCUGGAGGAUCAAGAACUGAAACAGCACGUGGAAUUAAUUUGCCACUUACAGCAAGUGAUCGCCCAGUUUCUGAGUGAAACCCCUGCUGGCGUUACGGACAUGGACACAUCUGAUCAAGACUCCAGCGCUGUGUCAGAAGUUGACCUGGAUGCUCAAGGGUCCUCUGACGAGUACGCCACUCGGCAUGCUCUCCACCAAGCUCAGAUGUCCAAAGAGUUGCUUGAGCUCAACAAAGCCCUGGCUCUGAAGGAGGCCUUGGCAAGGAAGAUGUCUCAGAACGACAGCCAGUUGGAGCCCAUACAAUGCCAAUACCAGACCAGCAUCAAGGACCUUGAAAUGGAGGUGGCCAAACUGCAGAGAAAAGAAGACCUGGUCCUUGGCAUUCAUAUGACGAAGAAGGAUGUCAGCCAAGCAAAACUCAGCGAACGGCGCAGGAAGCGGCUUCAGGAGCUGGAAGGGGAAAUGGCAGAUCUGAAGAAGAAGCUGAAGGAGCAGUCGAAGCUCCUGAAGAUGAAAGAAUCCAAUGAGCAGACAGUGUGCAAACUGAACCAGGAGAUCCGGGCGAUGAAGAGUCAACGUGUUCAGCUGAUACGUCAAAUGAAAGAGGACUCUGAGAAGUUUAAGCAGUGGAGGCAGCAGAAAGACAAGGAAGUCAUCCAGCUGAAGGCACGGGAUCGCAAGAGGCAGUAUGAACUUGUCAAACUAGAGCAAGACUUCCAAAAGCAAGCCACUGUCCUCCGGCGAAAAGCAGAAGAGGCUGCUGCUGCCAACAAGCGUUUAAAGGAUGCUCUCCAGAAACAGCAAGAGGUUACCAAUAAGCGAAAAGAGAACGCCAACCGCGGGGUUGAGGGAAUUGCUGCUCGGGUGAAGAGCUGGCUCGCAAACGAAGUGGAGGUCCUUGUUAGCAUUGAAGAGGCUCAGCGUCACCUCAACGACCUCCUGGAGGACCGGAAGACCUUGGCGAAGGAGAUUGCCUCGCUUAAAGAGAAGCGAGAUGCUGGGGAGAACCUCCCGUCAAAAUACAAGAGGCGCACGUUUUCCCAUAAAGCUGUGGAAAUAGAGCAUUCCAUCGCCAAGCAAAUAGAGAGCCUCGAAACAGAGAUGGAGCUCAGGAGCGCCCAGAUUGCUGACCUGCAGCAGAAGCUGCUGGACGCAGACGCCGGCGACCGCACCAAGCAGCGCUGGGAGAGCAUCACCAACCUUGCGGAAGCCAAGUGUGCCAUCAAAUACCUGAUUGGCGAACUGGUCUCCUCAAAAGUGGAGAAUGGGAAACUGGAGAACCGUUUGCAGCAGACCAAAGCCACGUGUGCCGACACGCAUAAAAUGCUUCUCGAAGAGCGAAAGGUUGUGGCAGAAAUGGAAGCGGAGCACGAGAGUCAGCUGGUCCAAAAGGAGCAGCAGCAUCAAGAAAAGGUACUCUAUCUACUCAGCCAGAUACAGCACAAAGAAGAAGCAGAGAAGAAGCUGGAGACUUCCAUUUCAGAACGGGAGCAGCAGCAACUCGAGCGCAUCAAGUUCCAGGAAGAAGAGCUGGCCAAGAUGAAGGAGGUUUUUGAAAAGAACCAGGAACACCAAGAAGAGAUUGAAACUCUCAGACAGAAAUUGAGAGUUUUUCAAGCUGUCAGUGGGCAGAGGAUCUGCAAUGGCCAGCCGGCCCCUGCAGCAGACACCCCGCAGUCCCCCUUCGAAUACAUUCCACCCAAGCCAAAGUCUCGCAAGCGAAUGACCUCCCUGCCUCCAGCCGACAUAGAUGAGGAAGACUCAUCUUCUGACUUGGAUGAGGCCAAAGAAAUGGAAGAUGCAGAGUGGGUGCCGUACAAGCUUUCCAGAGGAGCCAGGCAGAGCAUUCUGGGGUGCACCUGCCGAGGCCGCUGUGGAAACAAGAAGUGCGGCUGCCGUAAGCAAAAGAUGGCCUGCUCCGAGGACUGUCGCUGCGAGUAUGCAGGGUGUCGGAACCGCGAGCGCUAUGAUUUGGAAGGGGUGCUUGGUGAUGAGCAAGUGGGAGAUUCAAAGGACAGCUUCAACCCGGAAGAUCCUACUCUGGCAACUGGAGGAGACACCUUCUUCGAGCCACCAGAUGUUGCACCUACCAGAAAGGUCCUGGAGGAAAAAAAUGAGAUUCUGCCUGCCACUUCCUUCUUUGCACUGGGAGAUGAAUCUAGCAAGAUCUCAGCAGCAGCAGCCAUGAAGAAGGGGAGGAAGCGGCUUCACAGCAUCAGAAGCAGCUACCUCUCAGGCUGCACACCGAUUAAGGAAGAUGGUUGAGGGCCAGAGGGGGCGGGAGCAGGCUUGGAAAGGAAAGCUUGAGCCUGCAGGCAACGGAUGUUUUUAUAGUGUAUAGUGUUGUUUUUAGAGCUUAUACUUUUUUUGAAUAAAGGAAAUUCAAGUAUA